CUGACCUGGACAAUAAUAACCUUACUGUCAAAAUUGAUUCAAACGGAGAAGUAAAAGAGCGUCAGAGUCAAUCAAAAAUUGUAAAUAAAUAAAUAAAAUCAGGCAAAAGUUGUUUCAGUGAUGGCUCAGUCUCAAUUUUCUUUAUUGUGGAACGCACACAAGAGAAAUAUCUGCACCGGGUUAAGUUCUUUACAACAGAAUGGUGAGUUCGUGGACAUGACUCUGGCUGCAGACGGUCAUCAUGUGAAGGUUCAUCAAGUGAUCAUUGCUCUGGCUAGUCCAUAUAUCAAGGAUCUACUUGCAUCGGCCCAAUGCCCUCACCCAGUAAUAUUUCUUAACAAAAUAUCCUACACAACACUAUGUUCUCUUCUGGAGUACAUUUACACUGGAGAGGUUUUAGUGUCCAUAGAGAACUUGAGUGAACUUCUUGAAGCAGGCAAAGAACUACAUAUAAAGGGUUUGGAAGAUAUGAAGUUAGCCGAGUCUAUAAGUGUAAACCAACCAACCGAGAAUGAAAAUGACCUAGACUGCAAUAUAACUAUGGAAGAUAGUGAAUCUAAGUUUAUUUUGACUAGUAUGAUAGAUAAUGACCAACCAGAAUUAAGUACAAAUAUGGAUGAAACAUAUGAGGAAGAAGAGGAGGAUGAUGACUCCAUGUCACAAGAUGUUACAACUGUUUUUAAUAAAUCAGAGACUGUUAAUAGUAGUGAUAAUACCAAACUAAGUGUGAUGCAGUUCACAGUAUCAAACCAGGGCUCGUUACAAAUGAUUCUAAACCGGUACAUAUACUACUUGAAGCACACGAAUAGGAACAACACGCGGCAGUGGCGCUGCGUCGACUAUCUCAACACCAUCAAAUGUCCAGCCCAUGUAUUCACCAAAGAUGAUGUUGUUGUACAACGGAUUUCUGCCCACGUGCAUCCCUUCCACGACAAACGGAUAUUGAAGAAAGUCCGCGCAGGCGCCGUGUUCUCAGCGAUACAGGAGGCCGAACAACAACGCAAGAAAAAACAGGCCACUAAUAGCGAUUGAAUAAAAUAUAUUUUUCAUAUAA